GAGGCGGGGAGCGGCUGCCGGCUCGCUCUGCCCCGCUCGGCGCAAGGGGCAUCGUGGGUUGGGCGCCGCCGGCUCAGCCGCCCUUGAGCGAGAGGGGCGCGAUGCUGGCCGACAGCCUGGUGGAGGAGUUCGAAAUCCGAGAGGAUGAGCCCUGGUACGACCAGCAGGACCUGCAGCAAGAUCUUCACCUUGCUGCUGAGCUUGGGAAGACACUACUGGACCGUAACACUGAACUAGAAGAAUCCUUACAGCAAAUGUAUGCAACAAAUCAAGAGCAAUUGCAGGAGAUAGAGUACCUCACAAAGCAAGUGGAGCUCUUGCGGCAGAUGAAUGACCAGCAUGCAAAAGUCUAUGAACAGCUGGAUGUGACAGCAAGAGAACUGGAAGACACUAAUCAAAAACUGGUUGCAGAGAGUAGAGCUUCACAACAGAAGAUAAUAAGCUUGACAGAGACUAUUGAAAGUCUACAAACACACAUAGAUGACCUGCAGCGACAAGUGGAAGAACUGAAAAAGCCUGGACAAGGCCGGAUGAGCCAGGAGAGAUCUGAGCAGCCAAGAUCAAUGCACAGUUUCUCAUGUUUGAAGGAGCUGUAUGACCUCCGCCAGUAUUUUGUUUAUGAUCACGUCUUUGCAGAAAAGAUUACUUCAAUGGAUAGUCAGCUAAGUCCUUUAGAAGAAGAAAAUGAAAAGUUAAAGAAGGCAGUGACAGUUCUGCAAGCCCAGCUGAAUGUAGAGAAAGAGAAGAGAGUAACUAUGGAAGAGGAAUACAGUCUUAUGGUGAAAGAAAACUGUGACCUGGAGCAGAGGCUGGUUGACACAGACUUGUAUCGGGCUCGUGCGGAGGAGCUGGAAGCAGAAGUAGCUGAAAUGCGACAGAUAAUUCAGUCUGAAAACACACUCCAUAAUGCAGAGAAAUUGGUGCCAGAGUCCUUUUUCAUUUCAUUCAGGGAAUCUCUAGACAGGGAGCUUGGUCAGAGCCUGGCAGAUGAUGGACUUCUGACAGUAUCGGAGCUUGAGAAGAAGGCACUAAAACGGAGCAGCAGCGAAAGCCUCCUGAGCAGCGCUGCCGGGGCAGACAUUCUCAGGGGCCAUGAAGAAACAUGUAUUAGGAGAGCUGAAGCUGUGAAGCAGCGAGGGAUCUCUGUACUCAAUGAAGUUGAUGCUCAGUACAAUGCUCUGAAAGUGAAGUAUGAGGAACUUUUGAAGAAGUGUCAAAUGGAUGAAGAUUCUUUGAAACACAAGGCUGUACAAACACUGAAGCAGUAUUCCAAAGACCUAAAUGUGGGGAACACCCAGUAUGAUCUUUCAGCUAGCACUCAAGAAUUCACAAUUGCUGAGCUAAGUGACUCUUCCACAAAUGCUCCCCCUGAAUAUAAAGCACUAUUCAAGGAGAUUUUUAGCUGUAUCAGAAAAACAAAAGAAGAAAUAGAUGAACACAGAGCAAAGUACAAGACUCUCUCCUCUCAGCCAUAACCUUAUCUGUUAGUCAAGAACACACUUCAUAUGAAUGUCAGAAGACCCCUUAAACUGAUGUGUUUCUUGAGCACUCAAAAUGAAUGUUUUAGAUAGGCUGGUAGCCCUGUAGUUAUUAAGCUAGUUAGUUAUCAGCUAGAUUUCCUGUUCCUGUGUAGCAGUAGAUUUAAUGUUUAGCACUGUCACACAAACCAGUGGUUGUAAAGCAAACAGACAUCAUAGCUUUAUGCUACACUACUACUUCAUAUUACACUUCAUCUCUGGCCAGAGCAGUGACUGACACUUGUUUCCUUAGUCCGCUUCAGAAAUAACAGAGCUAAGAACUGUGAAUCUCUCACAAGAACCAGACUAAAGCUCUCCUUUGGUUCACAGGGAUGAUCUAGCCCUUUGACUACACUGAUGUAGAAAAUGAACAAAAGCAAAGCCCCGACGUGUCCCAGGGGCAGCAUCUCCUCAGCUCCAGGAGGGGAGCAGUCCAGCUGAUCUUGCUUUGACAGGGUGGUGGAAAGCUGUGCUUGCUUUAAGCCAAUACCACGUUUUCACAACCACUAAGCUUUCCCACAGAUUAGUGUAAAUGUCUUUCUACCAAGAAAGGAUUUGAUGUAAAGUUUGUGUGGCUUUCUAGAUACUGUUUCCUUUGUAGGGCACUUUGUCUUAAGGCAAGAUACUGUGAAUUGACUCUAUGUGUUACUUGGGUCCUACGGUCCUCUGGUGGAAUGUCUGCAAAGUACAUUUUUAUGUGUAUUUGGUGAGUUAGAGAGUUGUUAUUUAGCUAUUUAACUUUAGAAGUAGCAUUGACAUAGUGGAGUACCUUUUAAUGUUGCAUACCACAAACUCCAAGUGCUUGAGGAGACAGGCCAGGUGAAACCUUACAUUGUUUUGUCUGUUGCUUCCAGUGUUGGCCUCUCUUGACCUAUUCCAUGCUGCCUGGGAGGUGGGAGGAUGGACACAACAGUAGGCCAGCACAUACCCUACUGAAAAUGGGACCACACUCUUGUUCUCCUCCUCCUUUUCCACUCCCUAAUAGUAAUUCAUACACUACUUAAUUUCAUUGUUAAAAAAACAAUGAACAUGGAGAAGGUUUUCCUUUGGAACAUAGAGAAAUUAGGAGGAAGGAAAAAAGGCACAAGGAAAGGUGACAUCCUUCUCCUUGUAAAGGGUCUCAUAGCUUAAUGUGGCCAGCAGUUCUUGGGAAGCAGCUUCCUGCUGAGUUGCUGCAAGGUACCAAACCCUUGACCCAGAAUGUUGACCAUUUCUCAGCUUUAGUCCAGCUGCUGCUGCUGCAGCUCUGCUGCCUUAUGCUGUUCUCUAUUCAGCUCGUCCUUCAGGUGCAGUAUUAACACUUCAUGUUGUGGGAGUUUCUCUAAAACAUGUAUUGCAGUCUGAAAAUUAUUUAAAAAUGGGAAUCUGAAUCUUCUGAAUAUUUUUCUAAGCAAAUAAAUAAUCCAGUCAAG